GCCUGCCCCAGUGAUCGGAGAGACGCCGGGGGAGGUGGACGAGUCGCGCUCUCUCCCUACUCCCUGUAGUGAAUCGCCUUUUUUUUUAGUUCCCUCGUAACGAAACGGGCGGGCGGAACAGCCGGGCCCUUCCCCUACGUGUGGACUGUGGUCUCCUGCAGCGGCGGGCGUGUGGUGGAAGGAGGUGAGAGAAAUUGAGAAGUGGUGGCGGUGGUGGUGGAGGUGGAGGCGGUGUUGAUGCUGGUUGUGGUGAUUGGUGUUGGUGGUGAUGAUGAGGUGAUGGAAGGAGACUCGUGGUUGGCUCCCGCUCCCCUCCCCACCCACACUAGCCGAGGACUAACGGUGAAGUGACCAACAACACCGCGAGGAAGAGGAAACAAUCGGUAGUGACCUAACCUUGGACCUCUGCCCUCCUCGCUGAGCCACGUGACAUCACCUGGCCUCACCUCAUCCUAAGCUAACCGAACCGAACCGAAUUGAGCCAAACCGAACCUCACCCAAUGGCUCCGUGCCCAGCAUAAGGAAUUAGAAAAAAAACAAACAGAUCCAGACAGGGUCACUUUCACCUACACACACACACACACACACACACACACACACACACACACACACACACACACACAAACAUACACGCGCACACUCACACGCAGAAGUACGACCACCACAUACAUAACACAAAGACUAACACGCACACACACACACACAAACAUAACAUACAUACCCACACGAAACUCUAACAAGCACUCACAUACACUGUACUCUGUUGUGACUUGAACUUGAACUUGUGGUGAUAGUAGAGGUGGUGAGCAACGUUACAGUGUGUGGCGAGGAAAGGCGAAAAGAAGAGAGGCAGAGAGGAGAAAAAGAGGGGAAGAGGAAGGGGGAGGCGGUGAAAAGACAAUGGCGAUGGAUAAGGACGCGUGAGUGACUCUUCAUCUCGCCCUCAUCACCAAGCGCAUCAUCAUCACCACCGCCAAGGACAAGGACAUCACCACCACCAAGGACGAGGACGCCGUUACUCGAGGUCCUGUUUUGUUCCCGGUCCUUCGCUCCUUUAAGGCCACUCCUACAAGUCCCCGCCAUGUUGAUCUGCAAGGCAUAGGUGUCGCGGCUUCGUGAUGGCAGGUGAUGUGGAGUCCUUCCGCCGACACCAUGACACCAUAGGAGGAAUGUACCUCUCCUCCCCCUCCUCCUCCUCCUCCUCCUCCUCCUCCUCCUCCUCUUCUUCCUUAUCCUCUUCUUCCUCCUCCUUAUCCUCCUGUUCCUCCUCCUGUUCCUGCCCUUGUUCCUGUUGUUGUUCCUCUUUAUCCUCAUCCUCUUUAUCUUGUUCCUCAUCCCCCUCCUCCUCUUCUUCCUUUUCCUCCAUAUCCUCCUCCUCCUCCUCCGUGUCAAGGCUCUUCCUCGCCCUCCUCUUCCUCCUCUCCCUCCUCGCGACCCUCCAGCCCUGCGCCGCCGCCAAUGAUCGGCUUGUGUCUAGCGUCGGCGGGAGGCGAGACGAGGCAGAGGGCGCAGACAGCUUCCCCACCAAGGAGCCAAUCGUGGCCGAGUCUCGUCUGCCGCCUUCAUUACCCUUCGGUGCCUCAUUCAUUGUCAUAGAAUGCGACCGGAAGAUAGUGAGCAGCGAGAACGGGCUGGGCGAGGGCAAGUUCGAGGCGCCGGAGCUGGAGAACCCUGAUGGACACGGCCGCCAAUGUCUCUACACCUUUGUGGCGGGUCCCGGGGAGCGAGUGCAGAUCCGCUUCACACGCUUCAGCCUCCGAGGGACACCGCCAGAGUGUAACCAUGAGUACCUGGACAUCUACACGGAGAUCAAGGACCCCACGAAGGAGGACUUGCUCAACACGCCCUUCGGAGGCAGGUACUGUGGCGGCAUCUCCCCUCGCCUCCGGGUCUCCCUCUACAACACCAUCAUUAUCAGCUUCUACACGGACCACGUCAACACCUCCACCAGCCUCUUCAACGGCACCUACAAGUUCAUCAAUGACUCCAAGUACUCGGUGGGAGACUUGCAGCUGGACACUCUCUGCGGCUAUGUCAUCCACUCGGAGAUGCAGAAGAAUGGCCAAUUCAUGACCCUCACCUACCCCGGCGCCUACCCGAAGAACAUCACCUGCUACUACAAGUUUGUCGGCAAGAAAGGCCAGCGCAUCAGACUCGAGUUCCGCGACUUCGAUCUUUUCUACGGCGGCCCACACUGUCCGUUUGAUCAAGUGAAGAUUUAUGACGGGUCAAGCCGCAUCUCUGCCCUUAUCGGCACAUACUGCGGCCAGCAGAGAAACCUGGUCAUCUUCAGCACCUCCAGCUCCCUCCUCCUCACCUUCAACACCCUCGAGCGCAUUGCGGACAGCCAAAACAGAGGCUUCCAGGGCAUAUUCAACUUUUCUGAGAGCUACGUCAACUUAGGCUUCAUCAAUGCCUCAGACUCCGAGCACAUCCGGGGGACAGAGUGUGACCAGCGCAUCCUUAGUAAAAAGGAGUCCAAUGGCACAGUCUAUAGCCCCAACUACCCUUUUCCAUACCCUUCAAAUAUUGUCUGUAGGUACUUCAUCUAUGGGCUCCAAGAUGCCCAAAACUUGGAAAGAGUUAGACUACAGUUUUUUGAAACUUUUGAUAUACCUGCUGAACCAAAAGGAGAUAAAAACUGUUCCGACGGGUAUCUAAGGAUAUACCUGAAGGGCCAAGAGACAGAAAAUGCCUAUGACAACCCCGACAAUGAGGUGUGUGGGAAGGCUCUGCCCCAGACAGUGGUCUCCUCAGGGCCCAGGCUGGUCAUGGUCUUCAGCUCAGGGAAAUACCAUGGUGGAAGGUUCAAGGCACAUUACAAAUUUGAAACAGAAUACAAGAUCCCUGGCACACCAUCCCCUGACGGGAAGUGCACCUUCACCUACUACAGCUCAAGCCGCAAAGAGGGCACCUUCAACUCCCCUCGGCACCCAGCCAAUUACCCGUCCAACACCACCUGCGAGUUUACUUUCCAGGCCAACCCCGAUGAGCAGGUUCGGCUGGCAUUUUCUACAUUUGAGCUGCGCAGUGACAAGAAUAACUUGACUUACGGGAACCACUGUCAAGAGGACUGGGUGGAGAUCUACAAUGUGUACCGCUCUGAAAGCACCAACGAUGAGUGGCAGCGACUCAACGGGCGGUAUUGUGGCCAGGCAGCACCAGGACCCAUCGAGAGUGAGAUGGAGGCCGUGGGUUUACGGGUUGUUCUCAGAACAGACACCGAGCAUGUCCAUAGUGGCUUCCAGGCAAUAUACCAGUUCAAGAAGAAGGAUAUGCUGUUUAGAGACUGUGGUGGAAACAUCACCAACGAGGAGUAUGGGAUCAUCCACUCACCUCACUGGCCCAACAAGUAUGACGGUCCAGACCCAGAUCGACAAGGGGGAGCAUUCUCCUGCACUUGGUUCAUCCACGUUCGCCAGUACCACAAAAUACUGCUAUGGCUUCAGUCCUUCUCUGUUGAGGGAAAUCCAGCCGAGAGGGGCUGUCCUGCAGCUGUGGUUCGGGUCUGGCCGGACCUGGACAAGGUGCCAAUAGAGUUAUGUGGAGAAGGAUUGAGUGAUGAUGCCUCUCUCAUUAUCUCCAAGUCGUCCCUUGUGAGGGUGGCCUUCCUCACUGCUGAUAGAGCUGUGGGAGCUAAAGGAUUUGAGGGCAUAUGGACAGAAAUACAAGAUAGUCCAAAAUGUGAACAGUUCCUCUGCUCAAAAAAUAACUUCUGCAUAUCGAAAAACCUGCGGUGCAACGGUGUUCUGAACUGUGGAGUUGGAGAUGUCUCCGACGAGGACAACUGCAUAAAGGACCCAGUGGUGAAUGUGCUGAUGCUGGUUGGGGUUGGGCUGGGCAUCUCGUCGGUGCUGCUCAUAGUUGUCUGCAUUUGGUGCCACCGCAAGCAUGUCAAACGGCGGGAGGAGGGAGCGUUGCCUCACCAUGUGCACGUGUGUGAGCGCGGCGCACGCUUUGCCUCAGUGGACAGUGUAGGCAACAGCGCCCUGCUUGAUCCGUCGCAACAAGCCUUUGGGUACCUACGCUUGACCCCUCAUAUCAGCCUUCUACCCAGCUUUCAUACAACUGUCCAGGGUGAUCGUAAUCUGUCUCCCGUCCUGGGUGCCCGCCAGGCCCACCACCUGAGCCGCACCUCACUUCGUACGGAAACAGUCGUCUGAGACUACGCCCAGCACCACCCUCCCUGUGGGCUGAUUCCCCCAGGCGGUGGUGCUGAGGAAUCGCGAACACCCACUCCAACAGCCUCAUCACACCACGGGCUCCUCAUGUACUGAACCAGGACACACUCCAAGAUAUCUUGAUGGCCAUUUUAAGAAUCCAAGAUAGAUUGGCUCACAUAUGUUACAUGCACAAGAAGACAGAGAAAGAGGUAACGCUCGCCUCAACUCACUCGACUGGUGAAGUACUUGUUACAGUGAUUUUGUGUUGUUAUUUUCAGUAAUAUGACACUAGUAUUUAACAAGACAAAAAAGUAUGAAAAGUUAUAGUAGAGACUAAGUUGUUAUGACUUUGAUAUCUAUUGUUUUGGUGACAAAAUAUCGUUGGAAAUAAGUGAGAGUCCCCGUACCUCUAUUUUUAUGAGAAGUGACUUGUGCAACACUGGAGCUGCUGUGCCGCGCCCCGCUGCAGGAGCUUCUCACAGGUGCUAACAUGAGUGGUGCAGCUACCGUCUGUGGUCAUGCAAGGGCAAUCAGUAAUUUUAUUGUGCUAACAUAGGUUGACUCAAAGCUUAUUAGCAAACACCCUACAGUAACUAAAACAAACAAAGAAAAGUUAGUACACUGGGUUUUCUAAUGAACACAUUUUUAAUAGAUUUUUUAAUGAAAGUACAGAUCUACAAAAAAGUUUAUAGGAAAACAUGCAGCCCCUAUAGAAUAUGGGAGACUGUAGAAGAAUUUUAUUGUUGAUAGAAAAUGUUAGUUCAAGUCAUUAUGUUCCAGUGAGAAAGAAUUGAUUGCUUGUGAACCUCUUCACAAAUACUUCCUAAUCCACUCAUUGUGAAAAAAAACAUUGAAUAUGCAUAAAAAUGCUACCUGGAGGCAUGUAUUAUUAUGGUGCUCAACAAGUCACCACCAACACUACUGUAAGACGUGUGCUCAAUAUCAGAUAGGAUAAGAGACAGUCUAGUUGUUGUGAUGUUGAGAUUAUUUGUUCCAAUCCUAUUUCUUGUUCAUAUACUGAUGUUCUGAGACCUGUUACCCUUUCUGCACAUCUGUUCCAUCUGUGCUUUUUGCAGUAGUGAGGCAUGGUAGUUCCUCUUUGCUUCUAGACUCCCCUUUCAAACCAUUUACAAAAAAACAAAAACAGGAAAAGGCUUUGUGCCUCACUACUUGUUUAGAACUAGUUAUGAUUCUGUCAUGGGUUACAAUUUAUAGCAUCAUUUGUGACUGGUCCUGUUUGUUUAAGUGGUUGAACAAAUUUGCAUUUGACUCAUUUUAUAGCCAUUAAAGUAAUUGGUAUCUCUUCAGUGAUUGGUCACAUCUACCAUCAAAGAGAACCACCACUCUUAGACCUCAGAAUCCACAUUAGCUUCAGUUCUUGGAGUUUCCACACUACAGUCCUAACCCUGGCUGAGUCAGGUGGCCAGCUUGUGUAAGAAGCUGCUGGUAUAAUUAUUAUGGUCUUCCCCCUGACAUGGAAUCACGUGAGCAAGGAUAACUUAUUUGAUUCCUGGCCCAGGUCUUUACAAACAUAAAGCGGGUUUAUCGGUGUAAGUGGCACAAAUGUGGACUGGCUGCUGUGUGAUGUCAACUGGAACAAUGAUACGGACAAUAAUGGGUAUCAUAAGGUGCAAUAAUGUGCAGCCCCAGGAAGUGCGACUGUCGGAACACUACGGCAGAUGAAGCAAAGAAAUGUAUCUGUUGCGCAUUGUUCUAUGUGUCUGUCUCUUUGUUCUUGUUGAAUGUUAAGUUGGGAUGUGUCUUGAUUCCCAAACUGAUCAAAAUUACCACAAACUAAACAAGCUCAAAACGCUUAUGCAGAAGCAUUCCCUUUGAUCAUAAAGCCACACUGUGAGACAAAUGACAAAGGUAGUUGCUCCUCUCCAAGAUUCCUUUGUAAAAUACAUUACUAGAAGUCUCCACUGGACGUAAAUCAUUUUCAGGUCAUUUAUGUCAUUUGCCCCACAGACCAUACCCUAGAAACCCCUUACAAGUGCAUCCACAUUUUUCAUAGUCAGGGAUCUAGGCUUGAGAGGAAGUUUUUAGAUGUUGUUGAUGAGGAAAGUGACAUAAAUAGCCGUGAAAUGAAGAAAGCGAAAAGUGGACUCGCUGUACAUACGCAUUGAGUCCUAGGGUCUCUCAGGUCCCGUCAUAGAGGCGCCCCUGUGUGCUUAUGCCGCCGCGCCCCACCGAGGAAUGCUUGGAGGGUGUGAGAAUACAGUGACAGGACAAUGCAGUUUCUUACUUUGACAGCCAUGGUUUUCAUAAUAUUUUCAGGUAAUUUUAGCACAUGCUUGGUGAUUAUUAUUAUUGUUGUUAUUAUUUUUUGGAAUGUAAUACAAAGCUUUUAUGAUGUACUGCUGACUGAGUGUAUGUGCGAGUGUAUAUACAGCAACAACCAACUGCCCCAGUGUUUCCCAGCUUAACCAUAGCUGUGUUACACUCAUGUAAGAUAUGUAAUGAUCAAUCUGUCUCAGUAUAUCUCAUAGUAUCAAAUAAAAAGUUUCCAGAUUCCUUUCUAAA